GAUCCAUUCAUGAUCCAAACGUCCAUCACGUGUGCGUCCUGUUGUUUUCCCAAUGUUUUGGGAUAUGCGGGGUAUCACCUUUCUUUACGGAACCAGCCUAUGACAUGGACCGUGGAGCCGAGUUCCUGAACGUUAGCCAAAGCUGAGAAGUUCGUUAUAAGACUCUCUGGUUUCCUGAUCUAAGCCGCUCAGCUUUUCUUUCGUCCCCACAUUUAAUCCAACAUGUCGGAGGUUAGGACUUCCCUGCCUUCUACAGAGCACCCAAGUCUCUCAGAAAAGGGAGCUGCUCAUCAGGACGAAGAAAAAUCAAUCCCAAGUGAACCUAGUCAACUCUACAAUGCACACAUUGACGUCUCUGGGGUGGAUGAGCGCAAGUUGAUGAGGAAAGUCGACUGGCGCACCAUUCCAUGGCUCUCGUUCCUCUACUUGCUAUGCUUUUUGGACCGAACAAGUAUUGGAAAUGCAAAACUAUACAACAUGGAACAAGACCUUCACAUCACCGACACCCAAUACCUUAUUGCCCUCACAAUCUUCUUCUUCUCGUACUCAAUAUUUGAGGUGCCCUCCAAUAUCUUUCUAAAGCGCCUGAGGCCGUCAAUAUGGCUCUCAUUGUUAAUGUUAUUGUGGGGGGUGAUGAUGGUAUACUUUCUCUUGCUUACUCAUAUUAUGGGCAUUAAUAUAGCGGCAUAUAGACUGUACAAGGUCUGGUGCACGAUUACGGCGGCCUCCUUGAAAACUGAGGUCUACUUUAGCUGGUACAAACGGUCAGAGUUUGGGGUUCGUGCGGCGAUAUUCUUUUCUGCCGCAACUGUCUCCGGAGCUUUUGGUGGCCUCCUGGCCGCAGCGAUCUCAAAAAUGGAUGGUGUGGGUGGAAAACCCGCAUGGGCGUGGAUCUUUAUCCUCGAAGGCCUGGCCACCGUCAUUGCGGGAGCCUUGUCCUUUUGGAUUAUUGUAGAUUUCCCAGACACCGCAACAUUCCUGACCGAAACUGAGAGGACUGUGGUCAUCAGACGCCUUCAAAGUGAUGAUCAGUUCAGUGCGGCGGGUGAACAGCUCAAAUGGGGGUAUAUCAAGAAAAGUCUGUUAGACUGGAAGACCUGGGUCGCAAUGAUGGUAUAUACCGGAAGUGAUAUGCCUCUUUAUGCAUUCGCACUUUUCCUUCCAAGCAUCAUUAAUCAGGCAAGCCUUGGUUAUGACGCUACUCCUGCAAAUCUUCUUACCGUCCCGGUAUACGUUUUGGCUUGUAUAGUCACAUGUACAGUCGGCUAUUUAGCUGAUAAGUACGGUCAUCGAGGUUGGUUUAAUCUUGGUUUUUUGUGUCUUGCUGCUGCUGGAUACAUCAUUUUGCUUGUCUCGCGGAAUGCUACACUCUCUUAUGUUGCCGUGUACAUGGCUGCUUGUGGUAUUUAUCCUAAUAUCCCUAACACCGUUGCUUGGGCAUCCAAUAAUGUAGAAGGAUCUUAUAAGCGCAGUGUAUCACUAGCCAUGGUGAUUAGCUUGGGAAACAUUAAUGGUGCCGUUAGCUCGAACGUAUAUCGAGCCAAUCAAACUCCAUGGUAUCCCAUGGGGCACGGCCUAGUGCUCAUGUACAUCUGUUUCGGCUUCAUUGCUAAUGUCACGUAUCAAUACAUGCUGAAGGCGGAAAAUGCACGACGGGACCGCGGUGAACGUGACGAAAUCAUCGAAGGAAUGAGCGGUGGUCUGGAGAUCAAUGGGCGGUUUGCAAGUGUAGAGGAAGCAAAACGGGAGAAGGGAGAUGAAUGGAGUGGGUAUAGAUACACUUUGUAAAGAUUGCUGUCUAUAGACUAGCUGUAACAUGACAUUGGCU